GCCAUUAAGGAAAUAAUAUCCCUAAAAAGCAAAAAGAAGUGUUCAAAAUUAAGUGAUUUUUAAUCAACUGAAGGAUUAAAAUUCUCACAAUGAUAUUGCUAUAAUUUUUUUAUUAUUUUUCACAAAACUGGCACUGGAAGUCUUAAAAAAAGUAAAGCAAAAAAGCAUCGCCAAUUUAUUCAAUUCCGGAGUAACUUGGGCAUUGAAAAUGAGAGAGAAAAGUAAAUUCGGAACGAGACCGCGUAAAGACAUUCACAUGUUCAACGAGAUCAUCUUCAGAGAAUUGAAGCACUUCCGAAACCAUAAGGUCUAUCGGCCCAACUUCGGAGCGAGUCCCGUUACUGGCAAGUUCUACGCUUGUCACGACCAGACGCCAUCUGAAGAGGACAAGGAAAUCGAGCACUACCAUUACAGAGUGUCGCAGAUAAGAUCUGUAGGACCGCGUAACAAGUACUCCGGACCCGCUACAGAAGCACAAGUAUAUGGGUGGUACCACGAGCCAGGAGUCCCAAUGGAGGAAGGACGGGCCAACCACCACCGUAAAGACAGCAUCUACACAAAGAUCGAAAAUCAUAUUUUCAUGACCAAACCUAUUAGAAGAUAAUAGAAAUAACAAUAGAAAAUAAUUAUUAAAAUAUUUUUACACAUAGGUAUAAAGUACACUAUUGGUACGAAUUCAGUUUAUUUAGGGUGAGGCCAGACGAGCGUAAUGUGAAUUGCAAGUCGUGUUUUUUGAGUUGCUAAAGAACUAUGACGAACUCCCAUACAAAUUUUUGUUGACCUAAUUUGUUUGCGUCUGUGUAUGAAAAAUAUGUAAUAAUAUAGAUUUUAAAUACCUUAACAAAUUUGGUUUUAGGUUUACUAUUCGGAGAAGUCUGGAAUUAAAGGUAUUCCAAUUUGAAGUUUUAUAUAUCAUGUUUACAUAAUUAAGUAAUAUAUUCGGUACGUAACGUACAGAAACCUUAAUCAGACUUAAUAGAACCCGUCAAGUGCCGUAUGUUUGUAUUGGUAGGACGAAAGUUAGAGAAAAACCUUUUUUUUAUAAAAAAAGCUAUUAUGUCAAGCCAUAAAACAAAAGAGUAAGUUAAUUAGUACAAACCAUACUCUAGUUAUUUCUUGUGGAACAUGCCAUCUAUCUCUGAAUUGUGGAACAUGCUACUUAUCCCUGAAAUCGAGAAUUUUUUUGUCAUUUUUUCGCGUGGCAUGUUUGGAAAAGGAAUUAUCUGUUUUAUUUUCUGUAAUCAAGUAGUUAGCAUUAGAGAUUACUCUUAUUGCAAAUCUAUCGAAUGAAUACAUUUCAUAUUACGUGACCUAAAUGUGGACGGAGCUAUCUAUACAUAAGUAUUCAAAACUCUUGGCGGACAGAUGUCGCUUAACGUAAAGGAAUUAAGA